AUGGGGAAUGCGGAAUCAAAUAACAAAAGCAGUCUUCUGAAAAAUUUCCAGUAUUUGAUAGAUAAUGAAAAUAAAAAUGGAAGAUUUCAACCUAAAUUAAUGUAUUUUGAUUAUUUGAAAUUUUUAAAAUAUGAAUUAGAUCAUGAAGCUUGGAAAUGGGAUAUAUAUAAAAACAAUAUAACUAAUAGUGGUAAUCUUAAAAAUGAUGAAUUAUUUUGUGGAUGGAAACAAAUACAACGAAAAAUAUUUGAUAAACUCAAUAAAGAACUAAAGCCUUCAAAUCAGAACACAUAUACGUGGGAAAAAGAUGUAUUACCUCUAAUAGAUAUUAAAGAAAAAGAUGUAUCAAAAUCCGAAAAAUGUGAGACAUUAAAGGUUACAGUUGAAAACAAUAUACCCGAAUUAGAAGAUAAUGGCCCUAGUAGUUCAAGUAUAACUUCACGUAGUGGUUGUACUAAUUUAAAUGUCGCAAAAGGAUUACAUAUUCCUCUACGUCGUCGAGCACUAUUAGUGUCUGGAAUAAAUGAUUAUCUUAAAAAAAUUAGUGAAAACAUUACGAGCGAACAAACAUUAAUACAAGUGAUACAGAGUAACGUAAAAUCCCAAAGUUAUAUAGCACAAGCUGCAGUUGAGCUGAAAAAGCAAAUGAUCGAAGGUUUAAGUAUUCAAUUAAGCAAACUUAUAAAAGAAAAAUAUAAAGAUACCGAGCAUAAUAUAUUUUGUAAAGAAUGGCAUCUAACUAUGGAAGAUUACCAUACAUUAUUUUUAGGAGACGAUAUAGUUGACGAAGAUGAAACUAAAGCAAUUCAAUGUACAAUAAAACAAAUCGAAAAAAAGGUAGGAGAUUCAAAGAAAUUUAAAGAAGGAUGGAGCAAAUAUUUUAAAGAACUAGUAAAAGAAAUGCAAGAAAAACAUUUCAAACACCCACGUACACAACAAAUUUGUGAAAUAAAUUAUGAGAAUAAAACCCAAUGUGUACGUUUUUUUGAAGAAUGGGCAGAAGAGUUCUGUAAACUUAAAAAAGAUCUAGGUGUUAUGAUUGUAGCAAAUUGUAAAGGAGAUUCCACUAAACCUAGUUCUUCAGAAUGUAAAAAUGUAUGUACUAUAUAUAAAAAAUUUUUAAAUCAGUCAGAACCUUAUUAUAAUAAUUAUAAAACAAUAUGUGCGCAAAAAAAAUAUGGAAAUGGUGAACCUGUGGGGGAUUUACAAAAAAAUUUCAUAAAUGCAGUUAAAAAGAGUAUGAAUGAAUGCUGUAAAGAUAAUGGUAACUGUGAUGACAAACAAUUAUUUGAUGUGAAAAACGAUAAUAGUAAUAUUAGAUAUAAAUGUUUAUGUGGCGAUGGGGAAUAUAAUAAAGACAGAAAUACAAAUCCAAAAUGUUCCCAAUACAAGGAUCCAGCCACUAUAAUAGGAUCACAAGUGGGAGCCCGCUCACUUAGUGGUAUGUCACAACAUAGUGUUGGUGCUACUAGUGCCGCGUGUGGAGCAAAAAAACCAAAGGAGUCGGUAGAGGCUAUAGCGAAGAGUAUUCAGACGACGACACAGAAUGAUGCAAAAAAUCUUGGCAAAGCUGGUGAUGAUGGUAAGGGGGAAUUGAAAGGUAAACCAGAGGAAGGAACAUAUAAGCAAGGGGGUCAAGGAAGUGACUUCAAUAAUUUAUGUAAUAUAAAGAUCGAUCAUUCUAAUGAUGGUCGUACACUUGGUACUGCUGAUGGUCAAUAUGAUGGUCCCUGUACUGGUAAAGGUAAAGGAAAACCGUCAGAAAAAGAGAGGUUUGCUGUAGGAUUAAAAUGGGAACCACGGAAGACCGAUGCUCAUGAUAACCACACAGAAGUAUUAUUUCCUCCAAGAAGACUAGAUAUGUGUACAUCUAACAUAGAAAAUUUAGAUGUGGUUAAUUCCCAGGGACUUAGUGAUGGUGAUAAAGCUAUUCAUUCAUUAUUAGGAGAUGUGAUGUUAGCAGCAAAAUAUGAAGCAGAAAAAAUAAUAGAACUAUAUCAACAAACCAAUGGACAAAAUGACAAGGAAGGUAUGUGCCGUGCUAUGAAAAAUAGUUUCGCAGAUUUAGGAGAUAUAAUAAGAGGAAGGGAUAUAUGGACUAAAAACGCUGAUAUGCAAAAUCUGGAAGAAAAGUUGAAAGAAAUAUUUAAAAAAAUUCAAGAAAAAGUCCCUCAAGGCACCAAUUAUUCCAAGGAAGACCCCCCAUAUACCGAAAUGAGAAAAGAUUGGUGGGAAUUAAAUAGAGACCAAAUAUGGCAAGCAAUGAUGUGUGCAAAAGACGGUAGUACAUCUCCAUGUGGUGAUACAUCUAGUGGUCCUGGACGUCGCCCUGGUGGUGCCACUAGUACCCCACAUGAUGACUACAUCCCGCAGAAACUUCGAUGGUUGACCGAAUGGUCCGAGUGGUACUGUAAAACACAAAAGAAACACUAUAUGGAGUUACAGUCACAGUGUAAGGGGUGUAUGAAGGGUACAGAUUGUGAAAAAUGUCCACAAUGUAAAGAUGCAUGUAGUAAAUAUAGUCAAUUUAUUAAUGAUUGGAAAACGGACUGGGAAACACAAAAAGAUCAAUACCAAAAAUAUUACAAAGAAGCAACAGAAAAUGGUGCUAAAAGUACUCCUAGUAAUGAUUUAAAUAAAGAAUAUCUAAAUAAAUUUUUAAAACAAUUACAACAAGCACAAAAGAGUGGUAAUAAUGACCCAUAUACUACCGCUGGGGGAUAUGUGAAGCAAGUACUAACAAAUACUGGUUGCGUACAACAAACAGAGUUUUGUAAUGAGAGUGACGUCAAAUAUGCGUUUAGAGAAAAACCCCACGAUCUUGAGAGUGCGUGUGAUUGUACCCCACCAAAACCUCCGGCACCCACUAUUCCAUGUACUGGAAAUAAAGUAAUAGAUGUGGCAAACGAUAUACAACAAAAAGCACACAAUGAAGCAAAAACUCGUUCUCUUGAUACUUUGAAAGGAAAAAUAGAGAAUGCGGAAUUUAAAGGCGGUGGUGGUAGUGGAAAAGAUGUGGGAGGAGAUAUUUGCCAGCUUGACAAAACCAGACAUACUAAUGAUGUACGUGAAGAAAGUGAGAGAACUGGAGGUCCAUGCACAGGAAAAAACCAGCAGAGGUUUGACAUAGGAGAAAAAUGGAAAACGAAAGACAACACAAAUAGCACACAUCCUGAUGUUUAUAUGCCGCCUAGAAGAGAACAUAUGUGUACUUCAAAUUUAGAAAAUUUAGGAACCAAAGGUGAUCUUGGACAUCUUAAUACUGUUAGUAAUGUUAAUGAUUCUUUUUUGGGUGAUGUAUUGCUGGCAGCAAAAUAUGAGGGAGAAUUCAUAUCACAAAAAUUUCAUAGGCGUGGUGAUUAUUCAGAAAUAUGUACUGCUAUGAAAUAUAGUUUUGCAGAUAUGGGAGAUAUAAUACGAGGAAGAGAUAUAUGGACUGAAGAAGAUGGAAAUAAAAAUAUACAAAAAUAUUUGAAAGAAAUAUUUAAGAAAAUAAAAAAUAUUGAUGGUAUCAAUGGCAAAUAUAACGACAACGACAAAUAUUUGGAUUUACGUAAUGAUUGGUGGGAAGCGAACAGAAAACAAAUUUGGGAAGCCAUGACCUGCACUGCUCCAGACGAAGCCGAUCUAUAUUUACCUUCAACGGAUGGUACAAAAGCAUGGCAUAGUCCCCAAUGUGGACGAAAUGACCCAAAUUUUGUACCUGUAGAUGAUUAUAUUCCGCAAAAAUUACGAUGGUUAACUGAAUGGGGAGAAAGUUAUUGCAAACAACUAUAUACAGAUUAUAUACGUAUGAUGGCCUAUUGUUGGGCAUGUAAAACAAAUAUGCAAAAAAACCAAAGUAAUGACACUGAACAAAAAAAAAAAAGGUGCGCAAUGUGUGCAGGACUGUGCGAAGUGUACACUGAACAUGUUAAAGAAUGGAAAGAACAAUGGAUUGAACAAAAAACCAAAUACCAAGAAUUAAACAAUGGUGGUGCUGGUAGUGAUGAGAUUAAGAAACAACAUGAAGAAUUUUUAAAAAAAUUAAAGAAUCCAAACAGUAUUCCCCGUUGCAGUGGAACCGAUAGUACCAAUUAUAAUACUGCUGCAGAUUAUGUCACAUCGAUGGAAGGAAAUAAAUAUUGCAAAGAUGCGAAACAAAGUAAAUUUGAGGAAACAGAAAAUACUCAGAAAGAAGGAGCGUUCAAAAAUACACCACAUAAGUAUGAAGAGGAAUGUAAGUGGGAUAAGAAUCAAUACACACCGCCUCCGCCUGUGACACCACCAGCAGGACAAAAACAACCGUGCGACUUAAUUAACGAUGUGAUGAAAACAAAAAGUAAUGGUAACAUAGAUCAUUGUAAUGCUAAAAAUUUCGACAACAACGCUUGGAAAUGUGAUGGUAAGGUUAAAACUGAUGAAGACGGAGCAUGUAUGCCUCCACGAAGAAAAUCUUUAUGUAUACAUGAUUUAACACAACAAAUUGAUAAUAAAGAUAAAUUGAGAGAAGCGUUUAUCAAAUGUGCAGCAAAAGAAACUAAUUUGUUAUGGGAUGACUACAUAAAACAUAAAGAUCAAAAUGCUGGAAAAAAAACAAAAAAACCUGAAGAUGAUUUGAACGAAGGAAUAAUUCCUCACGAGUUUAUGCGAAUGAUGUUCUAUACAUAUGGAGAUUAUAGAGAUUUAUGUUUAGGAACAGAUAUAGGUGAAGAUGAUGGUAAAAAAAUAAACGGUAUUGUUACGAGUAUUUUAAAGAAAGAAAAUAGUGGACAAUCUAAUGGCCUAUUACCUCAAGAAUGGUGGGAAGAAAAUAAAAAAGAUGUAUGGCAAGGAAUGGUUUGUGGUCUAUCGCAUCAAAUUCAAGGUUCUCAGAAGGACGCUAAACGCAAAGUACUUACUGAUAAAGAAGAUUAUCAAUACAAGUUGGACUUUGACGUGACCAACAUCAAAACUACGAAACCAACAUCCGCAAUUGAUAUUGCUCUCCUAUAUAUUGAGAAUAUGCCUCAAUUUUUGAGAUGGUUUACUGAAUGGGCCGAUCAUUUUUGCAGAGAACAGAAAAAGAAAUUUAACAAAUUGUAUAAUGCUUGUGUGAACUGUAAAAUUAAGGAUGGUAAUGGAAAAUCCACAUGUGUAAAUGGAUGUGAAGGUUGUCGAACAGAAUGUCAACAAUAUAAAACAUUUAUUCAGGAUUGGAAAAAAGAUUACAAUAAACAAAAAACUAAAUUUGACAACGAUAAAAAAGAUAGCAGCAAAUAUGAAGGAACUAUGGCUGAAAAUUAUGUAAAGGAUGACACAAUUGCACAUGAAUAUUUACAUGAACAACUACAAAUCGUUUGUCUAGGUAGCGGAUGUUCAUGUAUGAAAAAAAAAUCCACGACACAAAGCGGUGACAUGCCUCAAUCUUUGGAUGAAGAACCCAAUAUAGUUAAGGGGAAGUGUGAUUGUGAAGAUCCUAGUAGUACUCCUGCUGCUGCUCCUGGUCACAGUGCUCAAGAUAGUAAUAUUUCUGGUAGUCUUAGUAAUGAGAACAACGUCCAACCUGGUGGGGCACAGGAGCAACCGUGUGAUAUAGUUAAACCACUACUUGACAAUCAUAAUGGAACUAGUAAAAUUGCUGAGUGUGGAAAAAAAAAUUUUGACUCUACGAAAUGGAAUUGUGACUCUCAGAUUGAUACAAAUUAUCGUAAUGGAGCAUGUAUGCCUCCAAGAAGACAAUCAUUAUGUAUAAAUAAUUUGAAAAAUUUGACUGGUCAAAAAAAACUAGAAGAAUUGAGAGAAGCAUUAAUUCAAUGUGCUUCAAUAGAAACAUAUUGGUUAUGGGAAAAAUAUAAAGGAACUCAUAGUGCUGAGGCCUUAAAAUUAAAAACAGAUGGUACUAUCCCUGAUGAUUUUAAAAGAAUAAUGAUGUAUACGUUAGGAGAUUUUAAAGAUUUAUGUUUAGGAACAGAUAUAGGUAAAAAAACAAAUCACAAUAAUGUGAAUAAUGAUGUGGGUAUAGCAAUACAAAAUAUAAAUAAUAUUCUCCAAAAAAAUGGAAAAAGUGAAGACGCAAAACGUAAAGAUUGGUGGAAAGAAAUUGAAAAAGAAGUCUGGGAUGGAAUGUUAUGUGCCUUAAGUUAUGAUGAAAAAACAAAAGAAGUGAAAACAGAGGAUAAAGAAAAGCUUGAAAACAACAACUAUGGCUACAAUACCGUGACAUUUGAUACCACUGGUAGUAGUACCACUAGUGGUAAAGCCACCAAACUCUCCGAGUUUGUCGGCAGGCCUCAGUUCCUACGAUGGCUAACCGAAUGGGGGGAACACUAUUGUGUCAAACAAAAAGAGGAGUACGCGAAAGUGAGUGCGGCGUGCCAACAAUGUACUCUUGAUAGUAAUAGUGGUACUGGUGCUAAAACAUGUAAUAAAAAGGAAAAACCAUGCUCAGAAUGUCAAGAGAAAUGUGAUGCAUAUAAAAGAGAAAUAACAAAAUGGUUAAAUGAUUGGAAAAAACAAGAGAAAAAAUACUCAGAAUUAUACAACCAAACAAAUGGUAAAACUGGUGCUAGUGGUGUUACAAACGAAGAAAAACCUGUGGUCGAAUACCUCAAAAAACAUAGUGGUAGUGACUAUUCUAGUGCUGGAAAAUAUUUGACAAAAGAAGGAAUUAUAAGUGGGUGCGAAAGUACACAAAGGGAUUUUUCAACAACUAGUGGUAAUACGUACGCGUUUCGUGAAUAUCCAAAUGACCACGAGAGUAAGUGUACGUGUGUGGACCAGGCGAGUGUUAAGCCGGCGGCGGCAAAGCCAGUGGGACCAAAAGAUGGGAAAUCACAGGGACCUGGACCUGGGCAACAACCCCCUCCUCCUCCUCCGCAACCACCACGAAAUCCUUCAUCGGCUGGAUCAUCACCGUCAAAGGGACCGAGAAAAGCAAAAGUUGAUGACGUGGAUCUGGGUACUCACCCCGGAUUCUCUAUUAUAGAUUCAGGAAAAGGACAAGCAACUCUUUCAGUUGUGACUGAACCCUUGAAUCCCACGCCAUCCACGUCUCAAACUACUCCCGCUGGUGGUAGCCAGUCUAACGCGGGUACACCCACAUCACCAAAAGCUGACCCUGAUCCCAAAGCUAGUGGUCCUGAUGCCACAAGUGGUGCUGCUUCCCCUUCCUCUUCUUCGUCGUCAUCUAGUUCUAGUAGUUCAAGUUCUAGUUCUAGUAGUUCUAGUAGUAGUACGGCACAUAGUGGUGGAAGUGCGGACCCGGCAUCACAAACAUCAUCAAAAGCUGAUCCUAACGUUCCAAAAAAGGACUUUACAGAUGCCAUUAAAGAAACUAAAAAAAAAUUAGAUGAGUUGUGGAAAGAAAUAAAAGAUCCUGUUACAACUUAUGCGACUGUUGCUGGAGGAUUGGGUGUUCUUGGGACAAUACAAGCCAUUAAUACUACUUCGCAAAUUGCAAAAGGUGUUUUGGAUAAAAUUAAGGAGCGCACUACUCAAAAUAGUGCCAAAACUCAGGGACAAGGUUCUAAUACCGUUCCUGGUCCUGCUGUACCUAGUAGUUCCCAAACUGGUGGUGGAGGACCCCAGCCUCCUCCUGGUGGUACCCCUGGUUCUAGUGGCCCUGGGAGUACAGCAAAUCGUAAUCCUGGAUCAAGUGGCCACCCACAAACACCAUCACAAGGAAAAAGUGGUAAACAACCCCUAUCACCUAGUGGCACAACCGAUCUCACAACAACCGUGUCCUUAUAUGCUAUACCUUGGGCUAUAGGAUUUGGUUUUGUUGGGAUAGUUUAUUUAAUGUUGAAG